AUGACCAGCUCGCUGCCGGGCUCGCCUCCACGCCCUGCGUCCCCGAAUGUGGACAAACCACGGCGCCAAGCAAUAACUCGAGCGUGUGAUCGAUGUCGCCGAAGGAAAGCAAAGUGUGACUUUGACAACGCUGCCGGUAGUUGCUCACAUUGCCGAGACAAUAGCGUUCGCUGUACUUUUGACUUGCCCUUGGCUAAGCGCGGGCCCAAGUCCAAGAAACGAGCCGAGUCAUCUAUUCCUCCGGAGUCUGUGUCGACAUUCUCCGGUCGAAGGAGUAUACACCAGGCGCCGUUUGUUGCUCGCACCACCACCACGGCCGCCGCCACGUUUGAAAGCCCGUCAAACUCAUCAACUACCUCAUGGGAACCUGCUGCUGCUGCUGCCGGUGGUCAACUCGGCGUUGCGGCCGGACUAUCUCCAACCUCAACGCGAGACUUUGCUUCCAUCGCAAGUCCCACUGGCGUACACGGCGUUUCUGCGGUUCGCCGAUGGCGCAAUUUAUCCAGGGCCCUGUCUCUUCGAAAUAAAGGCCUUGAGCAAAUGGUUGAGCAAUGCUUUAGCCUCUUUUUCGAGUAUCUCUAUCCCCUCACUCCGCUUGUACACGAACCAAGUCUUCGUGACGGGCUUUCAAUUUUUACGUCACAGUCCUCCAACACGACUGUACAGAACGCGCCACGAAAUGGCAUUGACCGAGUUUCGGAUACCUUACCCGCCUUGAAUCCUCCAGCAUGGCCUGGAAUUUCCCCUGAUGUUGGCUCCGGUCCUGGAGGCGAGACGUUGGGAUGUUGGCACGAUGCGACCUUCACUCUCAUCACGGCUGUCUGUGCUGAGGCAGCGUUUCUCUUGCCAAAGGACUUGUUUCCCGAGGGCGAGACCGUGGCUGACCUCUUCCUCCAAGCGUCAAGAGACUGUCUGAACAGCUAUCUGGAGGCUGAUUUAGAAAGUCCAAACGCAAACUCCAUUACCAUUCGGUACUUUCACUCCAACUGCGUCCACGCAGCAGGAAAGCCCAAAUACUCAUGGCACAUCUUUGGAGAGGCCACACGACUGGCCCAAGUGAUGAGGUUAUACGAUGAGACUUCAUUGGAAGGUCUCCCGCCGGUUGAAGCUGAGCUACGCCGUCGAGCCUUCUGGAUAGUGUAUAUGGGCGAUAAAUCAGCCGCCAUUCUGAACAAUCGUCCCAUAACCAUGCACAAGUAUUCCUUUGAAACGGGCGUCACGACAGCAUAUCCAACCGGAAUGGACAACCGAUCGGCCUCUAUAGGAACUACCACCGACGUCACAACCCCUACUGACACCCACGGAAGAAACUUCAUAGCUGGAUUCAACGCAAAUCUCAAAUUAUGGCAAGCCGCUUCCGAUCUCUUAAUCCAAGUACGACUCUUCCAGGACCAAAAGGCCAUAGACUACAGUACCGCAAGUCCGCCAACCCAGGCAUUAACGGAACCCGAACGACAACGCCUGGACUCACUCUUCGUACAGUUCAUCACCUGUAUGGAUGAUCUGCCCCCGUACCUGCAGUCAUAUACAUUCGCGUCCGUCGCCAACGGCGGAGCGCCCAUCACCGAAGCAAAACAAUUUGUAAUCCAGUGCGCCAAUCUCCAGGUCUCGUUUCACUGUCUCCGCAUGGUGAUUACCCAGAAGUUCGAGGAUAUUGCUUUUUUCGCUCCCGGCGCUGAACAAGCUGAUUUGCGCAAGACGGAAAUUGUGCGAGAUAUGCUGAGAGUGAUGCACGAAGCGCCGUUUUGGUCUCUGCAGGUCAAUGGCGAGCCAUAUGUUGAAAAGAUACGGCUCAUUGGGGCUACGUUGCUGUCUAUUAUUCAUCGGAACCAGGCGUCGCCGCUGGCGGCGCGGGCGAGAAGUGACUUUAGUGUAUUGCUGGAUAUCUUGACGAGGCUUGAUUCCAAGGCCUCGGAUGCUCUGAAGAGCACGUCAACUUGGGCCAUGUAA